AUGUUAAAGUACUGUCGCUCCGACGUGGAUAUACUGAGAAGGGGUUGUAUAGCCUUUCGAAAUACCGUCCUUCAAGCCACGACAAGAGAGAGUUCAAGUGUUCAACCCGAUGGCACGAUUUCAAAGACUACCAUUGAGGGUGUGGACCCCUUUGCCUAUGUAACGAUCGCCAGUGUGUGCAUGGGUAUUUACAAAACUUUAUUUCUCAAGCACAAUGUUGAAGUUGAAAUUACGAGAGACUUGACGUCCACUUGGCAGGCGUUGGAUGACUGUGAGGGGGUGACGGGUGUAUGGCUCGAUGGAAAAUGGAGUGCUCUCAGUGACCUGAAAAAAGAAGACAACACGGAAGUGGGGAAACAACGUUUGAAAAGCCCCAUAGCUGUCGUACCGUCUCAGGGAUACGUCAGCAAGGAUCAUUACAGUAAAGUAUCCAUUCAAUGGUUAGAAUGGUUGAUGUACCGAAGUCGACAACGAGGGACACCACGACAUAUCCGCCACGCUCUCAAUGGGGGAGAACAUCACGUUCCAGACACCAAUUAUCGAUGCGAUGGAUUUGUCGGGAAUCCCGAGGGGAAAGGCACCAUCUACGAAUUUUAUGGUUGUGUGUACCAUGGAUGUCCGGAGUGCUUCACACAGGAGCGAUCAGAUGUCAAACAUCCAGCCACAAACCAGACGUUAGACGAACUGUACAAGAUGACUAAAAAGCGAGAACGAGAACUUAAAGAGCUUGGAUACGAUCUGAUCCAAUUCGUUUCCACGCUGGAUUUAGAAGACAGACUUGAUCCCCGUGACAGUUUCUUUGGUGGUCGGACCAAUGCCGUGAAACUUCAUUAUGAGGUGAAAGAAAACGAGAAAAUCCAGUAUUACGACUUCACAAGUCUCUAUCCAUGGAUUAAUAAAUAUUGUCGUUAUCCCGUGGGUCAUCCGACCAUUAUUACGAACGAUUUUCAGGACAUAUCAAAUUAUUUUGGACUCGCUAAAGUCAAAGUCCUACCACCCAGAAAACUGUAUCACCCCGUGCUCCCGUAUCGCUCCCAAGGAAAACUGAAGUUUCCAUUGUGUCGAACCUGUGCCGAUGCCGAAAAUCAACACGCUUGUACUUGUUCUGUUGAGAAAAGGGUAAUCACGGGGACGUGGUGUACUCCUGAAAUCCAAAUGGCAGUGAGAAAAGGGUACAAAAUUUUGAAAAUAUAUGAGGUGUACCAUUUUGAGCAGUCGUCUCAGUAUGACACCACAACAGGUGAGGGGGGUUUGUUUGCAAAUUACGUUAAUACAUUCCUUAAGAUAAAACAGGAAGCCUCCGGAUUCCCAUCCGAGUGUGACAGUGAAGAGUCGAAACGAGAAUACAUUCGACAAUAUAAAGAGAACGAGGGUAUAGAUUUGGAAUACGAUAAAAUUCAGAAAAAUCCAGGUUUGCGCUGUUUAGCUAAACUCUGUCUCAACAGUUUUUGGGGGAAAUUCGGUCAGAGGCUCAACAUGAAACAGUCCAAGUUCUUUCAUGAAUCUGACUUUGACAAGUUUUUUCAGCUUCUCUCAGAUCCUACAAAAGUCCCUCAUAAUUUUCACAUUAUAUCCAGAGACACCCUCCAAUUCGAAUGGAGUAACCAUCACUUGUUCAUGCCUUCAGAUUGCAAAACAAAUAUAUUUUUAGCAAGUUUCACUACUGCACAUGCGCGUUUGCGCUUAUUUGGUGUAUUGGAUCGAUUGGGGGAAAACGUGCUAUACUUUGAUACAGAUAGUGUCAUUUUCAAAACUCUCAAGUCUGACGACUUACAUUAUCUACCUAUUGGUAAUUAUUUAGGGGAACUGACGAACGAAAUCACACCUGAAGAUGGUCACAUUGUAGAAUUUGUGUCAGGGGGCCCAAAAAAUUAUGCAUAUCGUACGCUCUCGGGUAGGGAAGAAUGUAAAGUUCGUGGUUUUACGUUAAACUGGACAAAUUCCAAAGUAAUUAAUUUUAAAGCCAUUAAGUCUAUAAUUUGUACAGCGCAGGAUAAGCAGAUUGAAAUUAUCAACCCUUGUAAAAUAUCCAGGGACAGUCGAAAAAGAAAAUUGUUAAAUCGAAGAGAAACCAAGCGAUAUCAAAUGGUAUACACUAAACGGAGAAUUCUUCCCAACCUUGAUACACUGCCAUUUGGAUAUUGUUGA